AUGGUGGGAAAAGAAAAGGAGAGAGAGAAAGAGAAGAACAUGUUUGUACGAAUACUCUUCAAUUGUGCAGCCGAGCACAAAUUCCUCCUUCCAGCCGUCCUCUUCCUCUGCUCUCUCGUCACCAUCUUCCAGUUCCUCCCCUCUCGAUUCUCUAUUUCCUCUUUCUCCGACCUUCCCAGCUGCAUCUCCGCCACCGCCACCACAGCAAGUGAAGUUGUAAACAAAUCAGCACCACCGGUGGCAGCGGAUGUAGUAAUCCCCCUACCAUUAGCAUCACUUCCCACCAUACCACCACCUCCGUCCCUACAAAAUGAUCAGGUCCUGGAAGGUGGCAUUAUAAAGCGAGCUUUUAACGCCUAUGGCUCAGCCUCAUACAACUUCAUACUGAUGUCUAGUUACAGAGGCGGACUCAACACCUUUGCUAUCAUCGGUCUCGCUGCGAAACCCCUCCACGUCUUCGGCAGACCAAUCUACCAAUGCCAGUGGCUCUCUAAUUCCAACAAAACCCAACAACCCAUCACUUCAGUGGGCCAAAAAAUCCUCCCAGAUUGGGGCUUUGGCCGUGUCUACACCGUCGUGGUUGUCAAUUGCACUUUCCCAAUCCCCAUCAAUGAAGACAACUCGGGUGGAAAAUUACUUCUACAAGAUUUCACCAAUGGUGGUUUUGACCGGAACUUCAAUUUGACCGAUAAGAUUGAGGCUUUAGUGGAACAACCUGGUAGUGUAAAUUUCUCAAGCUUUUUAUCUCAACCUGAAUAUGAUUAUUUGCAUUGUGGGUCUCCAUUGUAUGGUAAUUUAAGUCCACAGAGGAUGAGAGAAUGGUUGGCUUAUCAUGUGAGGUUAUUCGGGGGAAAGUCGCAUUUUGUAAUUUAUGAUGCUGGCGGCAUACAUUCUGAGGUGAUGGAGGUGCUCAGACCUUGGAUGGAGAAAGGGUUCGUCACUUUGCAGAUCAUUACAGAGCAAGAGAGGUUUGAUGGAUAUUAUCAUAAUCAGUUUUUGAUUGUGAAUGAUUGUUUGCAUCGGUAUCGAUUUAUAGCUAAGUGGAUGUUCUUCUUCGAUGUGGAUGAAUUUAUCUUUGUACCUGAUAAGAGUACUAUCAAGUCGGUCCUCGAUUCGCUUUCUGAGUAUACAGAGUUAUUUAUGGAGCAGACGCCAAUGUCUAACAAGCUUUGUCUCGCCGAGGAUGCGGGCGAAACUUCCAGCAAAUGGGGAUUUGAGAAGCUAGUGUACAAAGAUGUGAAGAGAGUGAGGAAAAGGAACCGUAAAUACGCGAUUCAACCUCGCAGUGUGUUUGCCACAGGGGUGCACCUGUCACAGAACAUGGUGGGUAAGAAAAAAUAUAUGCCGACGGAGCAGGUCAAAUACUUCCAUUAUCACGGGACCAUAGCUGAACGGCGCGAGCCAUGCCAGCAGCUUUGUGAAUACAACAGAUAUCAUCGUUGA